UAGAUAUCCAGAUACCCAGAUGGGUCCUUUAGUAGAACAGUAACAGUAUAUAGAAAUCCCGUUUCUGAGAGAAUAAUUAAUGAUGCUAAUAUUUUGAGACGAAAUUGAACAGUGCCAGUGAUUAGUGUUUGAAAAAAGUUCGUGUGUGAGUUGAAGAAAAAAAACGAAAUGUGCAGCAACGAAAGUUCGCCAAACGCUACUUCGCCUCGAUUACCUUUGCCUUUUACGUUAGAUGCGAACGGACCGAGAGCUUUGCAUCCCAUAGACCAUUACCGGUUGCAUUUAUAUCAGUACGCUGUAGCAGAAAGACUCAGGUACCCUCUGUUGAACCCUUUUCCAUCGCCUCUAACUUGCUACCCUUUAUUUCCCCGGGCGCUUCAACCUGAAGAACCUAAACCUCAACAUAGCUACAUUGGCCUAAUUGCAAUGGCCAUUUUAGGCUCUCCGGAAGGAAAACUAGUUUUGUCGGAUAUCUAUCAGCAUAUACUGGAUAAUUAUCCGUAUUUUCGAACACGAGCUCCCGGCUGGAAAAACUCCAUUCGUCACAAUUUAUCAUUGAACGACUGCUUCAUUAAAGCAGGUCGAAGUGCGAAUGGAAAAGGUCAUUAUUGGGCCAUCCAUCCCGCUAACGUUGAAGAUUUCCGCAAAGGGGACUUUCGAAGACGCAAAGCACAGAGAAAAGUACGAAAACACAUGGGUUUGGCGGUUGAUGAGGACGGAGCAGACUCUCCUAGUCCUCCACCUCUAUCUGUAAGUCCACCAGUUCUUCCAGGACCUUCCACAUCAGUGUUUCCGUCGGCUUCGUCGAAGAGAAUUACCAGAAAGCGACAAUUCGAUGUCGCCUCACUUCUGGCUCCCGAUUCUGAAGAAGACACCACCGAAGAAGACAUCGAUGUAGUGACCAGUGAUCAGCAAGACUCUAAGGAUGCAAAAUCCUGGUUUCCCAUCGUGAACUAUUACCAAGCUUUAUUGCAAGCCAGGCCGUCGGCGUCUUCAACUGCACCAGAUCCGACGCUUAACGUGAGUCCAGACUCUUCAGUGUAAAAAAUAGAUAUAGUUAACAAAUCCAACUGUAUUCGAUACGUCUUUUACUACUUGUUCAUGAUUAUCUCUUUGAAGGGUAAUGUUUCAUGUUUAGUUAUGGGCUGUCUCUGGCGUUACAUCUAGUUAAUUAAGAACCAUCCAAUUCUCGACGGCUUUUACAUACUAUUAGUAGACCGAGACGACGAAUUGCAGUAAAUUCUCUUUGAAACAGUUAAAAACUGUUAACAAUACAGUCGCGUUUAUUCAAGCCCUUCUAUAAUUACAGCAGUGCAAUGGUUUAAGGAGAUUUAGCUGUAGAAAUUUCCAUUCCCGGCUCAUUUUUCGCUCCUUCCAAAGAUGUAUUUUUUAAUUCAAAUUGGUGAAAAUUGCAUUAAAUUUACUCUGACACUGCACUUCUUUAGGAGUCGUAUUUCUAGUUGAAUGUUGCUAUAAAAAUGCAUUUUCCUACCACCUUAGCUCAGCAGCACGUUAAUUUAACAGCUAUUAUGUAAAUUGGCAGCUGUUAUUUAGCGUUCUUUUUUGUGUAUAUGUAUAUUCAGGUGUUACUUCUGUAUAGAAAAUCAUUUAUCCUUACCUACCUUCCUACUUCCAAAUGGAUGAGCAAUCGUAAGUUGCUCUUCAGUAC